GUACCUCUCCUGCGUCGGCGUGGUGCUGGGCGUGCUGACGCUGCGGGCCCCGGACGGCAGGGAGACGCCGCCCAUCCCGCCCUCCCUGCACUGCGUGCUGCUGCUGGCUGGUCAGUACUUCAUGAUCUACUUGUGCCUCUUCCUCUCCCAGGUGGCGGCCUCCGCCGUGUUCUCCCUCGGCCUCCUGGACGUGAGGCAGCGCAACGAGAUCGUCCGGUCAGUGCGGACGUUCAGCAUGGCCGAGUGCACCGCGAAGCUCUGCCCGAUGCUGGCCAUCUUGUUCAUCGGCGCUAGGCUGCGGGCGGUGCAGCUCCACCGGGACGGCGGCUCGCCGCAGUGCUGGGACGCCAUGUACAGCGCGGCGUGGGCGCUGCUGGUGCAGCUCCUGGUUGCGCUGGUCGUAGGGCAGCUGGUGAGUUCUGCCUCGGUGGACCCCAGCCUCGGUGGCUCUCAAGUAUACAAAGGCGUGGCCUACGUCCCGGGCAGGAUCGCGCUCGUGGCCCUGAAGGUCCUGACGUGCGCCGCGCUCUACGGCAGUAUCAUCCUGGUCUCCGCCUCCAUCAUGGUGAUCCGACCGGAGACAGCAGGCUGCGAGCGGCGUGGAUACCACCCAGCGGAGGCGGCCUUCCUCUGAGGCCUCGCGCGGCACCGCAGGCCUGCGGCAGAGACGGCUCCCGGCGGCUCCCCGCUGGUGUGUGGGCAGCGUUCGGAAAGCUCCGCGGUGCCCACGCGGUCUGCGGAGGCCGUCGGCUGUUGUCAGAACUGUCAGCGAGCCGACGAGGCCCCGCGGCCCUGUGCUCGUGAGCAUUGCACGGGUUCCUGCUUUUCCCUCCAGAGCCAAGCGGCUCCCACGAUACAGGCGGGCUUGAUCGGAGAGGACGCGCGAGAUGGCACCAAGGCCCUUGCGA